AUGGUCAUCGAACAAUCUUUAAAAUUCGAGUUCAAGGCGAGCAACAAUCAAUCCGAAUAUGAGGCUUUAAUCGCCGGCUUAAGGCUUGCCAUUGAGUUAGGCGUCCAGAAGUUAUUCAUCAAAGGAGAUUCGCAGUUGGUUGUUAAGCAGGUAAAAGGCGAGUAUCAAGUGAAGGAUCCGCAACUUUCUAAGUACUUGGAAGUGGUACGCAGAUUAAUGAUGGAGAUAAAGAAUAUAAGGAUAGAACAUGUUCCGAGAGGUCAAAAUGAGAGGGCUGAUGUGCUGGCAAAAUUGGCCAGUACGGGGCGUUUGGGAAAUUAUCAGAAAGUCAUCCAAGAAACCCUUCCUCGCCCAAGUAUUGAUUUGGUGGAAGUAAAGUUAAAAGCAGUAAAGUCAGUGACUGAAGGCGAACCUUCCUGGAUGGAGUCAAUCAAGAUUUUCCUGGAAAAUCCUCCAAAGGAUGACGAUCUGAACUCGAGAGCAAAACGUAGGGAGGCCAGUUUUAUACACUGGUAG